AUGCACGCGGCCAUCCAGAAUCUAGAGAUAUGCAUUAUCGGUGCAGGCAUCGGUGGUCUUACCACCGCGCUGUCAUUGGUAAAGAAAGGAUUCCAAAAUGUUCAGGUCUAUGAAAAUGCUCCAGCCCUCGGCUUUGUCGGUGCAGGGAUUCAAAUGGCACCAAAUAUGGCUCGGAUCUUAACGCACCUUGGGAUCUGGGAGAAAAUAGCGACGGACGGGGUAGCUAUGGAGUUCUAUAGCAUUCGAGAUGGUUCUUCUGGAAAUAAUAUGGGACUUGUGGAUUGCAGAAACAUUGAAACAGAAUAUGGGUACCGCCAAACUGGUGGUCACAGAGCAACCUUGGUCAAUGUCCUUUAUGACGCAUGUGUACAGAACGGGGUGAAGUUCACCUUUUCAUCUACAGUGAAUCCGUCAUCAGAGUUCACGGAAAGACCAACGUUUUCGGUGACUACUGGUGACGGUGCGCCUUAUCAAGUGCAAUGUGACAUUCUGCUAGGUGCAGAUGGCAUCAAAUCCAACACUCGCCAGGCUAUACUCAAGAAGCUAAAUGUGGAGGCGGGAGUCAAAGAAACCGGGCAAGCCGCAUACCGCAUCAUGUUGACACGGGAGCAGAUGCAACAUGAUCCAGAGCUUCUAGCUUUGCUAGAUGGAGACCAGACCAUUCGAUGGAUUGGGGAAAAGCGCCAUAUUGUCGCUUACCCUAUUUCCCAACGGAGCAUUUACAACAUCUCAACAACCCAGCCUGAUGUUAAUUUCGCAGCUGCAGCCUCGGCAACUUAUACAACAAGAGGGUCCAAAUCAGCAAUGAUGUCUGUGUAUGGCGACUUUUGCCCUCUCGUCUUGCGGAUGUUGGAUCUCGCACCGGAUGAGGAAAUUGUUGAAUGGAAGUUGCAUGUCCACGAUCCCUUGCCCACUUGGCAUCAAGGGUCUGUUGCUCUCGUCGGGGACGCCUGCCAUCCGACCCUUCCACACUUAGGUCAGGGGGCUGCUCAGGCUGUUGAAGAUGGCGCUGUUCUUUCUAUAUUCUUGUCUGCUCUGCCUGAUACAUCCCCUAUAAAUAUCAACAAAGCUCUCUCGGAGUAUGAGAAGGCGAGGAAGAUUCGAGCUGAAACUCUCGUUGGUUUGGCUGCGGAGUCAUCACGGGAACUUCAUCUAGGACCCGGCAAAGCACGCGAGGAGCGAGAUCGGGCAUUCAGAGCAAUGAAGACCGGAGUUCCAGGGAAAGUACCGGAUAAGGUGAUGGAUGUGGAUGUCCAUAAAAUGACAUACGGGUUUGACUGUGUGAAGGAUGCAAUGGAAAGGGUUCUGGCAGUAUUUGGAAAGGGAGAUAACUGA